AAGUUGGUGUUGGUUGGUCCUGUUGCGACGAAAAGAUUCGCGGUUACAAGAUGAUACUGCUUCGAACGACUUUGAUGGUGCUGUUCACUGUGAUGGCUACUGGGGCACCGCGAUCUUCCGUCAUUUACGCGGACGACAAAGUGCAAAAUUAUCUCAUGAAAUUUGGAUACCUACCCCAGACGAAUCUAGAGACCGGAAACCUUAGGACAGACGAUCAGCUCACGGACGCCAUUAAAAAUUUACAGAGAUUCAGUGGCAUUCCUGUAACCGGUGAUAUCGACGAAGCUACGAUGAAAUUAAUGAAACUUCCGCGGUGCGGACUUCCGGAUAAAGUGGAUCCUAGAUUUACUAGGGUCAGGCAUAAACGAUAUACGAUCCAUGGACAACAGUGGCUACAUCGGAAUCUCACUUGGAGCCUGAGAACCGAGCAACCGAGUGGCCUCGACACGGGCGGCGUUCGUUUCGAGCUAAGCAGAGCCCUCGACCUCUGGGCGAGAAACUCCAAGCUUACUUUUCAGGAGGUUAACAGCGAUAGGGCGGAUAUUCUGGUUUACUUUCAUAGUGGUCAUCAUGGCGAUGGAUAUCCAUUCGAUGGGAGAGGCCAGAUUCUGGCACAUGCGUUCUUUCCUGGUAGAGAUCGCGGCGGAGACGUUCAUUUUGACGAGGAAGAAAUAUGGUUGUUGCAGGACGACAACAGCAACGAAGAAGGAACCAGCCUUUUCGCGGUGGCCGCGCAUGAAUUUGGCCAUUCUCUUGGCUUAGCACACAGCUCGGUUUCUGGAGCGCUCAUGUAUCCCUGGUACCAAGGAUUGAGCUCUAAUUACGAGUUGCCGGAAGACGACAGACACGGUAUUCAGCAAAUGUACGGUGCACCCGAAGAGAAGCUCUGGGCCAAGAUACCAGGUGGUCCGCCACCUCCGGAACGACCUACAACGGCCCGGACAACUACGACAAGCGUUGGGACGACGUACAGACCAUGGAGAACACGACCAACCAGGCCAAAUCACUAUCCAAACGACGACAGGCCUCGCCGCCCUGAUCGCUACCCUCAAAAGCCGGAUUACAGAACAGAGAGACCAGAGAGGCCGGAGGACAGACCUCAGAGGCCUCACAAACCUCACAAACAUCACACCACCUCCACUAGUACCACUACUACCACUAGUACCACUAGCACUACCACUACCACCACCACCACCACCACCACUACCACCACCGUCAGGACACCGUACACGCAAAGGCCAAGGCACCGAUGGACAACGCCGACACCCAAAAACGAUAAACCGGAUAAAUGUGAUACCAGCUACGAUGCCAUCAGCAUUAUUCGCAGGGAAAUUUUUGUUUUCAAAGGACGAUAUUUAUGGAGAAUCGGUGACCAAGGAUUAUACGAGGGAUAUCCAGCGGAGAUCACGCGUUUGUUUAACCUACCUGAGAACAUCGAUCACGUUGAUGCAGUGUACGAGAGGCCAGACAAGAAAAUCGUAUUCUUUAUUGGCAAAAGGUACUAUGUUUUCAACGCCAACAAUCUCGAACCGGGUUAUCCAAAACCAUUAACUAAACUGGGAUUGCCAGAGUCAUUGGAAAAAAUCGACGGUGCGAUGAUUUGGGGACACAAUGGAAGAACUUACUUCUUUAGUGGAUCCGAGUAUUGGAGGUUUGAUGAAUCAGUAAACCACAUAGAACUCGACUAUCCAAGAAAUAUAAGCAUGUUCGCUGGUGUUGGAACAGACAUCGACGCUGUUUUCCAAUGGAGAGAUGGCAAAACAUACUUUUUCAAGGGGAAAGGCUUUUGGGAAUUCGACGAUCAAAGAAUGAAGGUUGCACACGAAAAGCAAAAAUUAUCAGCCCCGUUUUGGAUGGACUGCCCUCCGGAAUUGGAAACGAACGAUGUGGAAAGUUAUCCAAGAAAAUCAAAAAUCAUGGCCUCGAGCAACGCAUCGUCACGAUCGACCUUCUUCCUCGGGAUAUUUUUUAUAGCGUAUUUUAAUAAAUAUUUGUAAACUGUGAUAUUUAUGUGAAGUCGUGUAUAAAUAUUUGUGCGUAUAUGCAUACGCGCCCCAAAUUUUAACACCUAAACAAACAAAUACACAACGCGCGCGCGCGCGCGCGCACGCACACACGCACACCGUUUUCCUUAUACCGAGUAUAUAUAAAAUAAUUUUAAUAAAGUAAUUUUUAAAUAAU